CAGAUAGGCAGACAGACAGAUAGGCAGGCAGACCCCGCGGGGCCUGUCCAUGCUCCGGACGCCGCCGGGUGUCAGCGCGGUGCUUGGCGAUGCUGGGGCCCGCCGUGCGGCCUCGGUGCCCCCGGGCCGGUGCCCGGCUCGGUUCGGGGCCGCGCGGCGCGCCGGGAGCUGCCGGCGGUAGCGGGAGGGCACCUCUCGGCUCUGCGGCUGGGGCGUGCUGCAGCCUUAGGAAAUGCUCACUUGUGUGUAGCUCCUUGCCCUUACCGUGUGUUUGUAGCUGGGAACUUAAUUCAUCCCGUUCUUUGUAGCAAGUGAGGCAUUUAGUGCCCCGCUGACAGCCUUGGGCAGCCUGCAGGAACGUAGUUACAGGAGAACCUUUAACAAGAUGUAUUUUAUUUGCAGUCGUCCUGACUUGUUUUCUCUGUUGGGGGUGGGGAAUGGGUUAUGUUUGUAGCUGAAGAAACAAAUUGAUCUACAUGUGCUUCACUGUCCAUUGGAAGAAUGACAGAUGACAAAGAUGUACUUCGAGAUGUGUGGUUUGGGCGAAUACCGACCUGUUUCACUCUGUAUCAGGAUGAGAUAACUGAAAGGGAAGCUGACCCCUACUAUUUGCUUUUGCCAAGAAUAAGCUACUUGACACUGGUAACAGACAAAGUGAAGAAGCACUUUCAGAAAGUUAUGAGACAGGAGGAAGUUAGUGAAAUAUGGUUUGAAUACGAAGGUACACCACUGAAAUGGCAUUACCCAAUUGGUUUGCUCUUUGAUCUCCAUGCAUCAAAUACAGCCCUUCCUUGGAGCAUCACAGUGCACUUCAAGAAUUUUCCAGAAAAGGAUCUUCUACACUGCCAUUCUAAGGAUGUGAUUGAAGCUCAUUUUAUGGCUUGUAUAAAAGAAGCAGAUGCUUUAAAGCACAAAAGUCAAGUCAUCAAUGAAAUGCAAAAAAAGGAUCAUAAGCAAUUGUGGAUGGGAUUACAGAAUGAUAAAUUUGAGCAGUUUUGGGCAAUAAAUCGAAAACUCAUGGAGUAUCCUCCAGAAGAUAAUGGAUUUCGAUACAUCCCAUUUAGAAUUUAUCAGGCAACAACAGAGAGACCUUUUAUACAGAAGCUAUUUCGACCAAUUGCUUCAGGAGGACAGUUGCAUACUUUGGGAGACCUGCUAAAAGAUGUGUGUCCUACUGCAAUCACCCCUGAAGAUGGAGAGCAGAAGACUCAAGUGAUGAUUCAUGGAAUUGAGCCAAUGCUGGAAACACCCAUUCAGUGGCUAAGCGAACAUAUGAGCUAUCCAGAUAAUUUUCUCCACAUUAGUAUCAUUCCCCGACCUACUGAUUGAAACUCAGCUAUAUUCCUAUGAGGAUCAUUCUCAAGCUGGAAUUCUAAGGGCAUGUCAACUUCUUGCUUCUGUUAGUCUUGACAGAGGCAGCCUGACCAGAAAAAAAGAAACCAACAAAAAGCCGAAACAAAACAAGAAGUCCUCACUGCUGUAAGCCAAACAGGAAGAGAGAUCCUAUCAUCAGAUAAGGGCAAAUGGGCUGAUCUUAUUUUGCAUCACUGCUGCGUUUGUUCACCACUGUAAUUAAAUCGGUUGCGAUAUGAAAGAAUUUACAGGACUUCUGCAAGUCUGCUGUUUUCUUGUAAAAUAUAAUGUAGCUGAAACUGUGAGCCGAAGAGCAAAUGGAAAUAUGCCACUUGAUUGUAUUUCUGAUUAACAAAUAAACAGGGCUGUUUCCUAAAGAGGUAAUGUUUCAGCUUUGAGGGUGGAAACAUUGGUUUAAUUUUCUAGAAAGUUAGACACUCAGAGAUUUGGUUACCAAUAGCUUUUUGUAAAAGAUCAAAUUACUGUAAAUCCAUCUUUCCUUAAUGAGAAGUUCAUGUUUACAGCAUAUGUAUUGGUAUGCAAAUGAUCUUUUAACUUUGAUAACAAGCAGUGAGAGAUUUUAAAGUAAGCCCGUGAGCAUGUUUUGUCAGUUAAAAACAUGCACAACUUAAUAAUUACAAAUACUCUUGAUUUGUAUGCUGUCACUGAAUACUCCAGUGUGUUUAUUAUUCAAACCAGUUUUCAUAGACUAGCAAUGAUGUAGGAUAAUUUGUCUCAGGAUUCGUCAUGGCAUUUCUUUGUGCUCAUCUAUUUUUUUUUCUCUUUAACAAUAUAUUUUCUUAAUUUACUUUAAAAAGGUUUUUUUUUGGUUUUUUUUUUUUUAAAGCUACAUGGAUGUUGCAAACAGGAUUGUAUCCUGCUGUUUAUUCCCAUAGACUAGGAAACGGUUAAAUCAUAGAAUGAUGAGCAGAUUGCUUUUUAAUGAUUUUGAAUUUUGGAAAGCUGAGGCUUUUCCAAGCUAAUACUUUCUUACAUCUGUAGUUCCUGUGCAACCGGUCCACAAUUUGGAAUCUUCUAAUCUCACUGCACAGAUUUUUUCUUAGUGUAGCAGAUGUAUUUUUAGGUUAUUGGAUCAUUUUGGUUUCUAAAUGUUCGUUACCAUUGCAGAUGCUACUUGAACUCUACCAAUUUUUUUGUGUGUUGCACUAAAUUCAUCAAACUCUGUGCUCUAUUGCUUUGUCUGCAGUUUGUGGCUGUUUGUGGCACAAAACUAUGUUUAUAGUAGACAUAUUAUCCAAUCUGUCAAAUAUUAUCCAAUAUAAAGAAAGCAUGAUAUUUUUCUUUCAAAAAUAGUGGCCGUCCAAGCUUCUACUCACAGUCUUGGCUUGUAAAUGUCCCAGUAAUUCCCAGUGCUGUUCCCAUUCGUUCCCAUGCUCCCUUCAUGGCAGGAUACUUACCUGUAUCUGAAAAAGAAGAAAAUUAAAAUCAGCCAAAUGAACAAAAACCUCUUUCUGAAGCAAGAGGGGAAGGAUCUCCAUGGGUGAGGAUAGGGUUGAGGCUAAGAAGAGCCCUGAGGGCAGAAAAAAUCUGUAGACAGAUUAGAUACUGUUUUAAAUGUUAAUGAGGAAAAUAGCAUUAAGGAAAUGGAAGGGUAAAGGUACUAAUGAAACAAACCUAUGCUGUAUUCUGCAGGACAUGAAGAACUUUUAAAACAAAACAAACCAUGCUGGUCUGUGUUUAUGCAGAAUUGAAAUAUAAUAUUCUUAUGGUGGGGUGAUUUGGUUAAGUUAUUCUAAUUUCCAGUUCUGUUUGGAAUUUUUGUUACAGUGUUGGAUUGGCAUUUAUAAACUUCCUUAGGCACACAUAUCUAAAUAUUUUGGAGAUUUUCAAAGUCCUGCCAAUGGAUAAAGCAAAUAUUUUGUAGAGUCUUCAUAUUGAAAAAAAAAAUCUUUUGUAGGGAUAAUUUUUCCAUUAAUCAGGAUAAGAGGCAAUACAUUUCAAAAACUGUAGAGAUUGUGUUUCCUUUGUUUUAAGGUAAUCUGGAGUGAGUUGCUGGCUAUUUUAAUAUAUUCUACACCAGCAUUUUAAGUAUACAGCUCUUCUUAUGGCCCGUAUUUGCCAGUAAAUCCGACUUUAAGGCCUAGCAUGGAACAAAGAAAUAGCUUGGCUUUAAAACAUACUCUUUCCUCUUACUUUAACUAUUUAAACUUUAUUAAAAAAUAAAACAAA